ACUGUAGAAACACAUUAAGACAAAACAGGAGCUCAGAAAAGAGGUGCUCAGAGAGACAGCAAAAAGUGUCACUUGCGCUUCACAAGACAGAAGAAAACAGGGUGUGCUGGCUGCUGGCUUCUUCCUGCCACCUCUCCUGGAUUAUUAUUAUGCAGCAUUCCAUGCUGUUGCGCUUCUUCUUGCCACUGCUCCUUACCCUGCUCAGCCAAGCAAGAGCUCAGUUCCCCCGCCAAUGUGCUACGGUUGAUGCCUUGAGAAGUGGCGAGUGUUGUCCGGAUUUUUCUCCGGUGUUCGGGCCUGGUACUGAUCGCUGUGGUUCAUCUUCAGGAAGGGGUCAGUGUGUACCAGUGAUAGCAGACUCACGGCCCCACGGCCCACAGUACAUGCAUGACGGCCAAGAUGACCGUGAACAGUGGCCCUUACGCUUCUUCAACCGAACCUGCAGCUGCAAUGGUAACUUCUCUGGCUAUGACUGUGGGUCCUGCCGACCUGGCUGGAGUGGAGCUGCCUGUAACCAGCAGAUCCGCACAGUUAGGAGGAACCUUCUGGACCUGAGUGCGAAGGAAAGGAAUGAUUUUGUCAAUGCCUUACACCAAGCCAAGGCUACAAUACAUCCUGAUAUUGUCAUAGCCACCAGGAGACAUGAGGAGAUAUUGGGACCUGAUGGCAACACACCACAAUUUGAAAAUGUGUCCAUUUAUAACUACUUUGUGUGGUCCCAUUAUUACUCUGUCAGAAAGACUUUCCUUGGUGCAGGGCAGCAAAGUUUUGGAGGAGUGGAUUUCUCUCAUGAAGGACCAGCCUUUCUCACUUGGCAUAGGUAUCAUCUACUGCAACUGGAGAGAGACAUGCAGGAGAUGCUACAGGAUCCCUCUUUUGCACUUCCCUAUUGGAAUUUUGCUACUGGUGGAAACACCUGUGAUAUUUGCACAGAUGACUUGAUGGGCGCUCGAAGCAAUUUUGAUGUCUCUCUUAUAAGUCAGAACUCCAUCUUCUCCCAGUGGCGUGUGCUCUGUGAAAACCUAGAAGACUAUGAUACCUUGGGAACCAUUUGUAACAGCACAGAAGGUGGUCCAAUUCGAAGGAAUCCUGCUGGAAAUGUUGCCAGGCCAAUGGUUCAGCGUCUCCCAGAACCACAGGAUGUUGCUCUUUGUUUAGAAGUUGGUUUGUUUGAUACUCCUCCUUUCUAUUCCAAUUCAACAGACAGUUUCCGUAAUACAGUAGAAGGAUACAGCGAUCCUUCAGGGAAGUAUGAUCCGGCAGUUCGCAGCCUUCAUAAUUUGGCUCAUCUGUUUUUGAAUGGAACAGGAGGACAAACUCAUUUAUCUCCAAACGACCCUAUUUUUGUCUUCUUGCACACAUUUACUGAUGCUCUUUUUGAUGAAUGGCUGAGGAGACAUAAUCCUGAUAUUUCAAUAUACCCACUGGAGAAUGCCCCUAUUGGACAUAACCGGCAGUAUAACAUGGUGCCAUUCUGGCCCCCAGUUACCAAUAAUGAGAUGUUUGUUACUGCACCAGAAAACCUGGGAUACAGUUAUGACGUUCAAUGGCCAAGCCGGGCUCUGCAGGUCACAGAGAUCAUAACUAUUGCAAUAGUGACUGCAUUGAUUCUGGUUGCGAUUAUUUUUGCUGGUGCUACAUGUAUUGUGCACGCUAGGAAAAACAAGGAUGAAUUGCAUCAGCCUCUUCUCACUGACCAGUAUGAGCGGUAUUCAGAUGAUUAUGAUAGCAUACCAACCCCAAGCCAGUCUAUGGUUUGAAGAGAUGGGUUUUUUUACCUGCAUCUAACAGAAUCUGUUUCUUCUGCUGUAUUUUAUAAAUGCCAAUAACGGAUCUGCCCUAAAAUAAAGCACAAAAAGUGUCAAUUGUAUUGAUAUAUAUGCUUCAAUUCCAAUCUCCUCUUUCAUCACACUCCAGGACCAGUAUAUCACCUCUGAAAUACCAAGUGCUUAUCUUGAUAGACCCUCACUAAUUUCCCAACCCUCACCUUAUAGCCUCCCUUAUCCAUAUUCCUGAAUAAGUGCAGUGAUUUUCUAAAUUGUCCAGUACCAGUAACUGGGAGUAACAACUUGCCUUUCCUGUAUUCUGUGUGGAAGCCUUUUCACAGGUGUACCUGAAUGAAUGUAGGGCCUGAUUCUGCCAUUCUUAGUCAUAUUGAAUACUAACGUACUUCACAAGUCAACCCCCUUAGCUGACUGGAGUAAGGCAGUGUGGUCCAAUGGAUAUGGCCCUGAACUAGGACUUAGGAGACCUGAAAUCUCUUUCCAGCUCUACCAUUGACAUGUUGAAUAACCUUAGGCAUGAUAUUUCGCUUCUUUGUGGUUCAUUUUCUCCACUAUAAAAUGGAGAUAACGAUUCUUCCUGUGUAAAUUGCUUUGAGUUCUAUGACUAAAAGGAAAUCAUAGCUUGGUAUUAUUAGGAGGAGGAGUAAGGGUAGCAGAAUCAGGGCUUAAAAAUAGAAUUGCUUUAGUCAUUAAGGGAGAGAUUUUCAAAUGCAGAAAGAGAGCUUAGGUGCCUAACUCCCAUUUGUGCCUUUGAAACUCUCCCUUUAACUUUAGGCAUUAAAAUCAUGUCUGUUAUCUUAAUGGCUAAUUCUUACAUAUGCUAAUGGAUUUUAACAUUUGAAUUCUCACCUGCUAAAUUGAUGGAAGGGAUGAAAAUCUGUUUUGGUUAACAGUGGUUUGAGUUAACUUACAUCUAUGGAGUGCCUAGAUAAUUACAUCAUUCUCCGAGCUUUAAUUAGAGGUGGUCAAAAAAUUUCCAACAAUUUUUUUUUCAUUUGAAAUGUAGUUUUAUUAAAAUCAGCGGGAAAAUGGCUAUUUUUUUUUUACUACUUUUAUGAUUGUUCCAAAGUGACACUUCGAAAGAAAAUAUUUUCAUUCGAACUCAAAUGUUUAGCUUCAGGCUGCCAAAUUGAAACUAAAUGUUUCUUUUCAAGCUGACACUUUGACUUAAAAUCUUAUUAAAAUGUCAAUUUAAAACAAAAAUUUUGGGCUCAUAUGUACAGUUCAUUUUAACAUUUUUUUUUGAAAAUGUUGGAAGGAAUCAGUGGGAAAAUGGCCAGAAAAUCCCCUCUACUGUGCAGGAUGGAGGAGAGUAAAGUAGUAGAACUCCAGCUAAGAUGAAUCUCAGCCUGUGAAGACUUCCCUGCAGAGUUUGAGAUAUCCAGUCUGUGGCGUGCCCCCUCCAUAGGCUGCAAAACACUGGCCUCAUGGGACGAGGCCUCUGACCUACCUAAGUGACAGAUCAAAGAGUAAUUUUUUACCUUCUGUGGGUUUGUCCAAGGAAGGUUGAGAGAUUCCCUAGCUCCUAAUUCAUUACAUUAUAUUAUGAUGUAUAUAAUCUUAGGAAGAAAAAAUUAAAAAAGGGUGUGAGAAAGGUUUUGACUUUGAGCCCUGCAUGUUUAUUACAGCUAGUUAAAUAUCACAUAGGAACAGAACCUGGGGUCCUGAUCCUUUGGGACCUUUGAAAAUCAUCAGGAGAGUUUCCAUUGACUUCAGUGGUUAUUCCUGUUGAGCUAGGGAACUGCACAUAUACAUAGUUGCAAUAUGGUGAGUGAGAUGCCCCUAAUAUAAGGGACAGAACUGGUUAUAGGAUUCCCAACUAUAGUUUUUAUUCCUUGGUGCCAUUUUCUAGCUAUUACCAUUAAUGAAACAUUCACUGGUCCUUGAUUCUGAAUGGUUAAUAAUAG